AUGGCAUCGCUGCACCAGGAGGCCAGACUGGGGGCUGCCAGCCUCCACCUGCCAGCAAAUCCCAUCACUGGAGCUAGGGUCGCUCAGUACGAACGCGAAGACUCCUUAGAGUCCUUGGUAGAAGUGGCGUUGUCGGCGGCCAUGGAGGAGGAACAGAAGAAAGGGAUGUGGCAGAUGCGGCCGUCGGCAGGUUGUCACAGCUUUCCUGGGAAGGACGAAGAGGUGACAUUCGAGGACACUAUGAGCUUCUCUGAUAUUUACCACUCUGAUGAAGAGUAUUUCAGGAAACUCAAAGACCUGAAGGCUGCCCAUGUAGAAACCAUGGCGAAAUUAGAGAAAAUGUACCAGGACAAGCUAAAUAUAAGAGACAUCCAGGCAGAGCUCAUCAGGGAGGAUUCUUCUAGAAGGAGUGAAAAGGCCAGGAUGAAAGAAUAUUGGCAAGAACUGGAGGAACAAGAUGCAAAAUUGCAAAAGAGGCCGAUGCUGUUUGAAAGAGUCGCCCAGAGAAAUGCAAGGAUGGCCGCGGAGAGGUGUUACUCUAACACUCUAAAAGCACUAGGACUCUCUGAGGAGUUUGUUUCAGAGAAAGGCCAAAGUGGAAAAGUGUCUGAAAACAUCACCAGGCAAGAGCUGAGAAGCUGCACAUCGGAUAAAGAAAGCUCUUAUGGAGAAGAGAGAGAGAAUGAGGAAGAAAACUAUUUAACUGACACCAGCAGCCAGGAUUCUUGCAAGGGAAACAAGGACGAUAUUAAAGGAAGUGGAGAAGAAAAUUCCAGAGAAUGAACCCGAAUCACAAGGUUUCUUGUCUGAUGACCCUCCCCACAUGCGGCCUCGGG